CAACUCGAAAGCAACGUUUGUUGUCCUCUCCUCUUCCCUUAUGUACACAAACCAAAUGUUCUUCUCUUCGGUUACAAUGUUCAUAAAAGAGUUUCCGUUUCUACCAAUUCCUUUUGUCUUUCGUUUUACGCGUCCCUGCGACGCUAACCCUAGACGAUGAAGUUCGUUCUACACCGAUCAACAACUCUGCUAUUUUUCGAUGUCCAAGGAGCCAAGUCACUGUUCUUAGUUUCCCCAAGAUCUUGAACUCUCCUGAUCUGUUGUAGGAUUAGGCUUUCGAUAACCAAUUCCAGUUGUUUGAUACAACAAGCUCAGAUGGAACUUCGGUGGUGUCGUCGAAGAGUUCUAUGCUCGAUUCACUUCUUUGCUAGAGUUUUCUCAAACUUCUGGUGAUCUUUCCUCAUCAACAAAUUCCUACUGUACGCCAUUGCCUACUUUUAUUUGGGUUUGAGAAAUUGAAGAGUCUGCUUGAUUCACUUCUUUGCUUGAGUCCACGUGAUGCAGUGCUCAAAACUGUUAUUUUGUGGUUAUGUUGUUUGGAAUUUGUUGUGGCAGAGAUGCUCUUUAUAAGAUCUGGGUUUGAGAAAGGAUAAGAAAAAACCUCAUGUCGGCGCAGAUGAAGAAGAUUGCCUCUUUUCUCGCUCAUGUCGGCGCCAAAACUUCUUGUGAAUAGUGUAUUUCUAUUUUGAAUUUGAUCCAUUAUGAAGUUCAGUGCGCAUUUAGCUAGAUCUGGCAACUCUUAGGUAUAGAAAUUCUGUUUGGCUGCUAGGAAAGUGGUAGGAACUGAGAAAAAUUAUUAUUUGAUUCUGGGAUUUUUUUGGCCACAAUUUUUAUUUCCUAAAUAGCUCUCUUAAGAUCAAUCAUUUUAGAUUUGGUAAAUGGGAUGAUCUUGCAAAUAUUAAUGGUCUGUCUAAUCUAUUGUUUCCAUUGUAUCUGGUAAGAAUGGAUUAUGGAUUUGAUACCUUCAAUUGCUUGUUCAAUCCUAAAACCCAGAUCUGGGUUUAAGAGAGGAAGAAGAAGGGAGAAAAGAGAGAGAGAGAAAGAAUACGAAGAAGAAAGAAGAAGGACGAGCAAAGAAAGAUAGGUGGAAAGGAGGAAGAAGAUGAAGUUUGAGAGAGAACCCAGAUCUAGGUUUACAGAGGUAAGGGAAAAGGAAAGUCAUUUCAAGAGACUAACUGAUCAUGUUGAGCUUAGGAGCGGCUAUAGUAGUGAAGUGCACAUAUCGGGUUUUGGUGGAAACGAAAUCAGAACUCAUUUCGGUGGGAUUGUCCUUAAAUAAAAAUAAUGAAAAAGUCUCAUGGCUGAAACUUUUAGAUUCUGCUGCACUUUUUUGGGCCAUUGUUGGUCCGAAAAAGUGCAGGAGAACAUUUUUAUUUUUUAUUUUCCCAAACCGUGCAAGAUUCGUUUUACCUCUGUUCACAUAACAUGCUCUAAAUGUCUUGAGUGCCAUUGAAUCUCACUGUUAAAUGAAUAAUGUUAAGUGUA